UCGAUUUCUCCUUUGUUUUCUAUAGAAACAAACGAAUCAUCCAACUCUCAAAACCAGAAAUCAAAAUUCCAAUUUUUUUUUCUUUAAAUUGAAAAUUAAACCGUAGAAGAGAGGUUGGUCAAUCCAGUUCUCUGACUCUCUUUCUCAGCCGAGGGAGUUUUUGAAUCUGUCUGAUUUCUUUUUUCUCUCUCACAUUUCAAGCAUAAAUAAAUAAAAUCUUUAGAAUUUCUCAAUUCCUGAUCUAAAUUAUAGAAGAGAGAUAAAGAGAAAAGAGACAGAGAGAGAUCAAAGGCUUUGAAACGAAAAAUGAUCACGAUUCCGUAUUUGACCGCUCUAUCCACGUACUUCAGCUAUGGCCUUCUCUUCGCGUUUGGCCAAUUCCGUGAUUUCUUCAGGAAAAUCUUUGAUUGGUGGCACGCAAGCAAUCUUCAAGGAUAUGCUCCGAUCUGUUUAGGACUUGAAGAUUUCUAUAUUCGACGCUUGUAUCUUCGCAUUCAGGAUUGUUUCGGAAGACCGAUAUCAAGUGCUCCUGAUGCUUGGUUUGAUGUAGUUGAGCGCUAUUCUAAUGACAACAAUAAAACGUUGAAGCGAACUGACAAGAUAAAUAAGUGUCUUAACUUGGGAUCAUACAAUUAUCUUGGCUUUGCAGCAUCUGAUGAAUAUUGCACACCCCGUGUAAUUAAUUCAUUAAAUAGAUUUUCAGCAAGUACCUGUAGUACUCGUGUUGAUGGAGGAACUACAACAGUUCAUAAGGAACUGGAAGAGUGUGUUGCAAACUUUGUUGGGAAGCCAGCUGCUAUAGUCUUUGGCAUGGGCUAUGUGACAAACUCUGCUAUUCUUCCUGUCCUAAUUGGAAAGGGAGGGUUGAUUAUUAGUGAUUCAUUAAACCACAACUCUAUUGUCAAUGGUGCUCGAGGCUCAGGAGCUACUAUCCGAGUUUUUCAACACAAUACUCCUUCUCAUUUGGAGAAAGUUCUGAGAGAACAAAUUGCUGAGGGACAGCCCAGGACACAUAGGCCAUGGAAGAAGAUAAUUGUUGUUGUGGAGGGAAUUUAUAGCAUGGAAGGCGAACUUUGUAAACUCCCUGAGAUUGUUGCAAUCUGCAAGAAGUAUAAGGCAUAUGUUUAUUUGGAUGAGGCUCACAGCAUUGGCGCAGUUGGAAAAUCAGGAAGAGGAGUAUGUGAACUCUUAGGAGUGGACACUGCUGAUGUUGAUAUCAUGAUGGGAACUUUUACAAAAUCUUUUGGGUCUUGUGGUGGUUAUAUUGCUGGAUCCAAGGAACUUAUACAAUAUCUCAAGUACACUUGUCCUGCUCAUCUAUAUGCAACAUCAAUAUCACCACCAGCUGCACAGCAAAUUAUAUCUGCAAUAAAGGUUAUCCUUGGAGAGGAUGGUUCUAGCAGAGGGGCUCAAAAACUUGCAAGGAUACGCAAGAAUAGCAACUUUUUCAGGUCUGAGCUGCAAAAGAUGGGUUUUGAGGUCCUAGGAGACAAUGAUUCUCCUGUAAUGCCCAUAAUGCUUUACAAUCCAGCAAAAAUCCCUGCAUUUUCCCGAGAGUGCCUCAAACAAAAUGUUGCUGUCGUUACAGUUGCUUUCCCGGCGACCCCACUACUUUUGGCCAGGGCACGUAUUUGCCUAUCUGCUUCACAUACCAAGGAGGACCUUCUUAAAGCGUUGGAGGUUAUUAGUCAGGUAGGUGAUUUGGUGGGCAUAAAAUACUUUCCUGCAGAACCCAAGAAGCAGCAGCAGCAGCAGCAGCAGAAGCAGGGGAAAGGCACAAUCAAGUUAGAGUGAAAGAAUGAAAGCUGGCUUAGCAUCUAGCAGGAACUGUAGAAUUGAGCCAUGCUUCAUUAGUCACUUGUUUGAUUGUUGUAUCCGCUCUGAAAAUCAGGAAAGUUUGUAGUACCAACAGUCUCAGUAUGUUUGUACAUGUGCUCCUCAAUCUAUGUUUUGCGCAUGAUCUUUGGGAUUUUGGUAAAUGAUUUAUAGGUCUAGGUACUAAUUUAAGUCAUUCUAUGAUCAUUUUCAUUUCCUCCUCCAUAGAUUAGUUUUAGAUAGACUGUUUUCCAUGCUUUCCAAGAAGACUAGUUCCCAUGACUUAUUCAAACGUGGUAAAAUAUGAAAAAUAGAAUGCGUCAGUUUCUAGUUAUUUGCAGGCUGUACGUUUUAGACGGCAUGCCUCUCAUCAUACAUUUCUCAUCCGAUCGUAUUAUAUCUGGAAGAUUCAUGAAAAUGCAUUCAUCACAACCGUGGGCCAAGCUGACAUCCCCCAACUUAACACGGUUAGCCAAGCAGACCAGGAUGGAGAUCUAUGGACGAUUUCCUGUAAGAAUAUAAUCCUUAUUCAUGAUUUCGUCCCUGCAUCUCAUUCCCGGUUCUAGAUGAACAAUUGGCUGUCAAGAAGAUAUGAAAAGAGUUUCUACAUUUCUUCUCAUUCAAAGCACUUGUAAGCGUAAUCUUUUCUGCACCAACUACUAUUUUGUUUGUUGUUUUUUCUCCCUUUCCGUCUUGUUGGAGGCAAGUUCUUUACAGACCACAAUGUACUUUAACAAAAAUUAUUACCUAACCUUGAGUAAUGCAAGGACUCUGGGAAUGCAAAAAA